CUUUCACAGACGCCUCUAACAGCCGAACAGAAAAGCCUUCUCUGAUGCUCAUGGAGAUCCGCCCGGAGAUUCAACACGUUUUGAUAGUGCCCCCCGGAUAUUUGUCAUUGGAUUAUUUUGCCGGACCUCUUGGGUAAUUAGUGGUUGACAUCAUGCCUACUAUCGGCGUAAAACGUGAUUCCCUGUUCAAAGCUCUGGGAAAAACAUAUUCCGAUGAAGAAUUUCAGACGUUGUGCUUUGCCUUCGGGCUGGAGGUGGACGAAGUGACCACCGAGAAGCAGAUGAUUUCCAAGGAACAGGGAGUGGAGCAAAGCACUGGCGCCUCCGAGGAGAUCAUCUACAGGAUUGACAUUCCCGCGAAUAGAUACGAUCUCCUGUGUAUAGAGGGUCUAGUCACUGGAUUGUUGAUAUUCCUAGAGAAAAUUCCAGCUCCUCGAUACAAAACGAUCGAUAUCCAUCAACAACAGUCGAUCGAUAUCACUGAAAGAUGCAGACAAAUCCGCCCGUACGUCGUAGCAGCGGUCCUCAGAGGUGUGACACUGACAAAGGAAUCGUACGACAGUUUCAUCGACUUGCAGGACAAGUUGCACCACAACAUCUGCAGAAAACGAUCUCUCGUGUCCAUUGGAACUCAUGAUUUAGACACUGUAAAGGGGCCCUUCAUCUACAACGCAAAACCUCCAGAAGAAAUUCGCUUCAAACCCUUGAAUCAGGACAAGGAAUACAAUGGCCUUGAAAUUAUGGAACUCUAUGCUCAUCAUGCGCAACUGAAACAGUAUCUGCCGAUAAUCAGAGACAGCCCAGUGUAUCCAGUUGUUUAUGACAGCGAGGGGACUAUUUUGUCAUUGCCACCGAUAAUUAAUUCUAAUCACUCGAAGAUUACUUUGAAUACGAAGAACAUUUUUAUCGAGGUCACUGCAACUGAUCAAACAAAGGCAGAAAUUGUCCUCGACACACUAGUCUGUGCCUUCAGCCAGUACUGCAAGUCCAAAUUCACAGUUGAAAGAGUGGGAGUUCGUGCAAAUCCUGGGGAAUCUCCUGCAGCUUUCCUGCCCUAUCCAAAAUUGACAUAUAGAACAGUCAAGAUCAACAGCAAGGAGGCUGUCAACUACAUCGGGGUAGAGUGUCCUCCAGAAAAGGUGGCACGAUUGCUCUCGAAAAUGGGACUCCAGACCACUGUUGAAAAGGAUGAGCAACUGAUUGUGGAAAUUCCGCCAACAAGACACGAUGUCAUGCAUGCCUGUGACAUUUACGAGGACAUUGCCAUCGCCUGGGGGUACAACAACAUCAAGAGAACUAUCCCCCACACACCGACGAUUGGAAAGGAAUUUCUUCUGAAUAAAUUGUCUGAUCAUUUGAGGCAGGAGAUGGCUCAGGCCGGCUUCACUGAGGCCCUUACUUUCUCGUUGUGCUCGAGGGAGGACGUCUCGGAGAAGUUGGGAUGGAGCUUCGAAAAAAUACCCGCUGUCACGAUAGCAAACCCCAAGACUCUGGAGUUUCAAGUGGCCAGAACGUGCCUUCUUCCAGGACUUCUCAAGACAAUUUCCGCUAAUAAGAAGAUGCCAUUGCCCCUGAAGCUCUUUGAAGUCUCCGACGUUGUUCUGAAGGACCAAAAAAGUGAGUGUGGAGCGAGAAACGAGAGAAGAUUGUGCGCAGUAUACUGUAACAAGUCCGCUGGUUUCGAGAUCAUUCAUGGACUUCUGGACAGGACGAUGCAGCUCUUGGAGGUCCCCUGGAGCGUCGAUAAGAGCCAAAAUGGGUACUACCUCGAGGCAGCAGAAGAUCCCACGUAUUUCCCUCAGAGAUGUGCGAAAAUUAUCGUCCAUGGAAAAGUCAUCGGGAAAAUGGGAGUUUUACACCCGGAGGUUCUUCAGAAAUUCGAACUUCACCUGCCCUGCUCAUCUGUUGAAAUCAAUAUUGAACCAUUUUUGUAGUUUAUUUUUCUGAUUCACAGGAAAAAUAAUUAUUUAUUGUAUUUUAUGGAAUUGGGUAAAUGGUGGUACUAUUUCAUCUUUAGAAAUAAACGAUGGUUAUGAAAAAUUAA